CGAUUCGGCUCAAGAAAGAGAAAAUCCUGAAGUGACUGGGAACCUCGUGAAACAUUGAUACUGAGCUAGUUUGAUGACUACUGAACUAGGGAGCUGACUACUGAACUGAGAAAGUCCUGCUGAAGCGACUGAGAUCCUUGUGACAAACUGAAAUAAAGAUGGCGUUUAUUAAAGAGGAGAGUGAAGACUUCAGAAUUGAAGAAGUGUUCAGUCUGAAACAAGAAGAGACGGAGGAACAAACAGACCUGUUGGUGCUGAAAGAGGAGAAUCAAGAUCUGAAUGAAAUGGAACAAACAGAUCAGUAUGAGAAAAAACAUGCUUUAAUAACUGGUAAAAAAUCCACACAGACUAAAACAACAUCUUUACGAAAAAGCGCUCCGAAAACUAAAUCUAAAUCUACCAGCUCUUUCACCUGCCAUCACUGUGGAAGGAGUUGCGGUGAAAAACGAAAACUUCAAAUGCACAUGAGAGUUCACACUGGAGAGAGACCAUUUCCCUGCCAACAGUGUGAAAAGAGGUUCACUCAACAAGGGGCCCUUAACAGGCACAUGAGAACUCACACAGGAGAGAAGCCUUACACAUGCCAACAGUGUGGAAACAGUUUCAAUCAAAAAGGACACCUUAAAAAUCACAUGAGAAUUCACACAGGAGAGAAGCCUUACACUUGCCAACAGUGUGGAAGCAGUUUCGCACAAAAACCACACCUUAAAAAUCACAUGAGAACUCACUUGGGAGAGAAGCCUUUCACCUGUCAGCAGUGUGGAAAGAGUUAUACACAGAAAAGCACCCUUCGUUCCCACAUGAGCAUUCACACUGGAGAGAAGCCUUAUACAUGUGAACAGUGUGGAAAGAAGUUCCCUGGAAAACGGAACCUUAAAAUCCACAUGAGAGUUCACACUCAAGAGAAGCCUUACCCUUGCAAGUAUUGUGGGAAGAGUUUUACACAUAUGUGCACCCGUAAUUACCACAUGAGAGUUCACACUGGACCAAAGCUGUACACAUGUGAUCGUUGUGGAAAGACACUCACAACAGAAUUUAGCCUUAAGUGUCACAAGAUUAGGCACACUGGAAAGAAACCCUUCAAAUGUGAUCAGUGUGGAAGGCGUUUCAUACGGAAGUUAAGCCUUAAUUACCACAUGAAGACUCAUUCGGCAGAGAAAUGCUGUAAAUGUGCUCAGUGUGGAAAGAGUUUCAGUCAUCGAGGUAGCCUCAAUUCUCACAUUAAAAAACAACACACUCAAGAGAAGCCUGUAGGAAGAGCUUCUCACAAAUAGAAAAUCUUAAGAUUCACAUGAAAUAUGUGUGGAAUCAUUAACAAACUUGUAUGAGAUUUCACUCAGGGGAAAACUAUUAUGCCAUCAUUGUGCAAAAUGUUUAUCAGUCAAGAGGAAACCUGAAGAGGAGACCAGGAAACCAGACUGGAGAGAGACCUUUCAAGAUCAUCCUGGAAAUAAAGUGUGACUGACAAAGCUUACGUAAAUAAGCUAUUUUAAAAAUAAUCCAACAUGUUCACUCUGUAGAAAGGCCUGUUAACUUUGAUCAAUAGAAGUCAUGAAAGUGAGACUGAUUUUUUGUGGUUGUGGAGAAUAACCAUAUAAUUCAAACAGUUCCAGAAAAUAGGUAUGUUUGAAAUUAAGACUAUGCUCACACCACAGCUGAAUGUAUAUACAUAUAUAUGAUCUCCUGUAUCCACAUCCGACUGUCUAUCAGUUUUAAAAAUUGUAGUAAACAAUCUAAUUUCGAUUUUGAUUGUUUGGUGUCAUUGUGCCAUUCCGUUUACUGGUAACUUUUCAAAAUGUUUCAUUUCUGCCUUAUGCCACAAUGAUGUAACUAAAUGAUUAUAAAUAAAAUGGAGAACUGCAUGAAGUAAUGAA